CAAGCAUCCUGGACCAAUGUAGAGCAAGCUUUGCUCAAGCUGUCAGAAAAUCUUAAUGCGGUGACCAAUCAAACGCUGAAGGAAAAUCUUGAGGAGUGUGUUUCAUUGGUCAAGAGUAUUCCUCAGAUGUUGUGUCUUCAGUGUGAUCCACCGGUCCACACCACAUUUCCUUCAGUCCAUGCCCUCGUCAUGCUGGAGGGAACCAUGAAUCUCACUGGAGAGACGCAGCCGUUAGUUGAGCAGCUCAUGAUGAUCAAGAGGAUGCAGCGUAUCCCUGCUCCACUGUUUGUACUGGAGAUCUGGAAGGCCUGUUUCACUGGACUCAUCGAGUCUCCAGAGGGGAAUGAGGAGCUCAAAUGGACAGCCUUUACCUUCCUAAAGAUUCCUCAGGUUUUACUAAGGCUGAAGAAGUACCCACAAGGAGAGAAGACACAGGAUUUUACGGAGGAUGUGAGUGUGGCAUUUGAAUAUCUUCUGAAUCUCACUCCCCUGCUGGAUAAAGCCGACCAGAGAUGCAACUGUGACUGCUUGAGUCUGUUACUGCAGGAGUGUAAUAAACUGGGGCUGUUGUCUGAUUCGAACACUGCCAAUCUUACUGCAAAACGGACUGAGGACAGAGAACAUGCGCCCAGACUGAAGACAGCAGAGAAUGCCAAUAUUCAGCCCAACCCAGGCCUCAUCCUGAGAGCCGAACCAACAGUCACCAACAUCCUUAAGACUGUGGAUGCUGAUCAUUCUAAGUCUCCUGAGGGGCUGCUGGGAGUUUUGGGUCACAUGCUCUCAGGGAAAAGUCUUGAUUUGCUACUGGCCGCUGCCGCAGCGACUGGGAAACUAAAGUCUUUUGCUCGCAAAUUCAUCAAGCUUAAUGAGUUUCCAAAACACAUCAGUGGAGAAGGAUCGAAGUCUGCGUCAGUGCGAGCUCUGUUGUUUGACAUUUCCUUCCUCAUGUUGUGUCAUGUCGUGCAGACCUAUGGGUCAGAGGUGAUUCUCUCGGACCCCAGCCCAUCGAGCGAGACACCCUUUUUUGAGACGUGGUUGCAGACUUGCAUGCCAGAGGAAGGGAAAACCCUGAAUCCAGACCAUCCCUGCUUCAGACCUGAGUCUGGGAAGGUGGAGAGUCUGGUGGCACUGCUCAAUUCUUCCUCUGAGAUGAAGCUUGUUCAGAUGAAAUGGCAUGAAAUAUGUCUCAGUACUCCAGCAGCCAUACUGGAGGUUCUCAAUGCUUGGGAGAAUGGAGUUUUAUCAGUAGAGGCUGUUCAGAAGAUCACUGAUAACAUCAAAGGGAAGGUGUGCAGUAUGGCCAUCUGUGCCGUGGCAUGGCUGGUGGCUCAUGUUCGGAUGCUAGGAUUGGAUGAGAGAGAUAAACCCCAGACUAUGAUCCGUCAGCUCAUGACUCCCAUGUCAGGAGAAAACACUUUGCAGUUUUACCAUGAGCGUGUGGUGAUUAUGAGCUCUAUCUUGGAGCACAUGUGUGCUGAUGUAUUUCAGCAGACAGGACUGUCCCUGCGGCCAGCGGUUGAAGGUCAGGAGGUUAUUCCCUACCGUAACCUUCUCCCAGCACGACUACCCAUCCACCAGGCUCUGCAAACCCAGUUUAGGGAGGUUCUGGAGAAAGGCUGGGUGGACUCCCAUGCAUUUCAUCUUUUUGAGAACCUACUACAUAUGGGAGGGGUUUUCUGGUUUACUAACAACCUGGUUAAGGAGCUCCUGAAGGAGACACGUAAAGAGUGGGCGUCUCGUGUGGUGGAGUUGCUGUACAGUAUUUUCUGCCUGGACACACAGCAGAUCACCCUCACCCUGCUGGGACACAUUCUGCCACGUCUCCUCACUGACCCUGCCCAUUGGCACAGCCUGGUAGAUCCGCCUGGAAGAGCCCUGGCUAAGUUGUCAGUGUGGUGUGCUCUCAGUUCUUACUCGUCUCAUCAUAAGGGUCAAGCAUCAGCACGACAGCGCAAGAGACAACGUGAGGAUAUAGAGGACUACACCAGCCUGUUCCCUUUGGAUGACACGCAGCCAUCUAAACUGAUGCGUCUGCUUAGUUCCAAUGAGGACGAGACUGUCAUGCUAUCCAGUCCAGGUGACCGUUCCAUGAGCAGUUCACUGUCUGCCUCUCAGCUUCACACUGUUAAUAUGAGAGACCCUCUCAACAGAGUGCUAGCAAAUCUGUUCCUGUUGAUUUCCUCUCUUUUGGGGUCUAAGACAGCAGGCCCUCACACACAGUUUGUUCAAAGCUUUAUCGAGGAGUGUGUGGAGUGCUCAGAACAGGGCAGCCGGGGCAGUAUCUUGCAAUUUUUGCCCUUUACCAUGAUUUCAGAACUGGUGAAGCUUCAGGCACUCGCAAAACCCAAAACUGUUCUGUCUAUCACAGACUUGAGCCUUCCACUGGGCCGGAGGAUGGCAGCUAAAGCCAUCGCUGCUUUAUAGAGGACAUUCACUCCAGCAUGCCUAUUUUUGUGGGUGUGUAAGAGUGAGAAAACUGCUACGACCUCCCUUCCCAAAAGAGUAAUUUCUCAUCAUCUACCUAGGCUUCCAGUAACCUCUGGGGGUUGGGAUGGGUUGUGAUGUUGCAUUUACGUCUGUCGCCUCGAGGACAGCUCAGUGUUAGUUCUGAUUUGACGCACAGAGUAGCUGAUAGCUGACUGUUCACAUUAAUUUGACAUUUAUUUCCAUUACUCAGAAGUGGAAACAGAAAGUAACAUUGUGGUAUAAUGUUUGUUUUUAUAUAUGUUAUAACAGGUCAUGCAUUAUUGCCUGUUGACAACUUUUUGUGUUUUUAUAAACAAUGACAGUGAUUUGGAUUUCCUGCAAAAUAAGAGAACUUGUAUAUUUUUACUAAAAUUCCAAUAAAAUGGUGAAAUUGUUAGAGAUGUUACUUCUCUUUGAAGUGUCUAUUUAAAAAUUUGUCUUGAUAAUGAUAAUUUGUCUUGUGUUCUCGCUUGUCAAUAAAAACAAGCAAAAGUGUUUGUUCAGCAGCGGUUAUUUAUUAGAUUUCCACUAAACAUUCAGAAUCAUCUCUGGUGUCUAAUAUCUUUCUGUUGAUGAUUUGUACCGUUAGAUAUUAUCUGUGUUCAAUUGGAACAACUAAUGGGAGUGGGUGUAUUUUAGCAUUAGUUGGCCGCCUUUUCUCAAUCUGCCCGAAGGUAAUUCUUUGAUUUAAAAUAAGAAUUACAAAAUGCAUUUUUCAUUGUUUCAAAUUUUCAUUAUGCAUCUAUAAAUAUACACUGCCCAGCCAAAAAA